AUGGACUUUCCUCAGUUCUAAAAAUACUGCAUCCAGACUAAACGGCGUAUUUAAUCGGCUCCUCGACAACAUUGUUCUAGACUCGCUGCACCCUUGCGGCAUCCUCUGUACACAUUAUUCUUAUCUCAACAUUGCAAUAUAGGUGAUCUCACUACACUAUCGUCAUCCAGCGUCACGCACCAGCGCUCAGACCGACGUGCCGUCGCUGAUUGACACCCACGAGCGAGGCUUGCUAGCUCAAAGCCAGCGACGCGGCGGUUGCGAGUGCGUGUGUCAAGGCGCUCCAUCGGCAUCGGCGGCAGCCAUGGGCAAGCACCGGCUGCCAGCCAUCGCCAACCGGCUCCGCCUUAACCGGGGCUUCGACUCGGCCUGGUUUGCGGAGCCGGGCCAGUACGCUAAGAUGCUCCAGCGCGACUGGCAGGUUACCAAGAACGCUUGGAGCUUCGUGCUGCGCUCCUCCCGCUCCGCGCCGCGCAGCAACAAGGACGACGGCGCCGCGGCAGCAGCAGCAGCCGACCCCACACGGCCGCGCUACCCCAAGAAGCCGCAGCCGCAGCAGCAGGACGCACGUGACUUCCCAAACUUCCGGCCCGCCCGCGUCUUCUCCCAGCACGUGCCCUACAAGUCCAUCGUUUCCGUGUUCGCAUACCAGGCGCCUAAGGAGGGGCCACAGGCCAAGUACGGGCUGUUCCAGGCGGACAGGCCCAAGCCGCCGCCGCGCGGCGGGAGCAGCGGCGCCGGCGCCGGCGACGCGGGGAGAGCGGGCGGCGCGGCGGCGGGCGGCGCAGAGUAGAUGUUGUGUUAAGACAUGAUGUUGUUUGUUUGUGUAUGUGUUUGUAUGUGUAGCUCCCGCCGGUUGAUGCAUGAUACGCGUGCCAGUGCACGACGAAUUGUGGUGGGCGGACAGAUGCAAGGGUGGUUGUUGGCAAGAGUGAUUGGCUGGCGGGUACCGCUUGCGCCCCCAGCUAGUAUGACUGCUGAGGAGCACGGGCCGCGCCAGUGGCAUAGCGCCGACUCAUGUUUCGACAGACGCAGUGGUGGCACCAACAGCGCAGGAGUCCGGUAGCUGCAUGCGGCGCCAACUGGUGCGCACAGGAGGGGCUGUUCAAGGACAUACCUUUGGGCGAGGAGUUCGCCGGACCAGACUAGGUUGACAAGACUGGAUUGGCAUGAAGCAGACUGGGAUAGGUGGCGGUACUGGACAUACGCAUACCGCUUUGGGAUGGCAGACUGCUUUGCAUGUCCAUCAGGCGUGGUACUGUGUUGCGCUAGCAGGCCGUCAGACUCGCUUGCAUGGGGGAUGUCCAAGGCGGCUCGACCGACAAGAAAGGAUGGCUCUCCCUGACUCCCCCUCAAGGGGAUUAUUGGACUGCGCCCACGCCACGGUGUGCAAUGUCUGAGGCCGACGUCCCGCCGGGUGUGAAACCAUCUUAUCUC